AUGAAGCUCUCAAGUCAGAGAGCUGCUCCGGCUGAGAGCCCACCACAGAAGUUGACCACGAUCUUCCAGUUUCGUAACUUUAGAAGAGAUUUCACCCGUCAGUUAGAUGACAUUGUUGGCGCUGUAAACGAGCAGGUCUUCUCGUUCCGAACAAUAGGCUUGUUGCUUCAAGGUGAGCAUCACCAAGUCACAGAGUUCGUUGUGAAGACCCCAGACUUGGCUGACGAUCCUGACCUGAAGCUUCAUGUUGAAAAAGCUCGUACACGAAACGGUGUAACCAGCUUUGGGGCAGGGCCGAAUUUUGCAAACAACAUGCUUGUUUUUGAGGUGCUUCAUACAUACCACACAUUUGACUGGUCGGACCUCGAGAUGCCUAUGCCAAUAGUAGGGAGAUGCGUCUUGGCUGUGGGGGAAGAAAGGCAAAUUUUCCCAGGUCCAAAGUUCCCUAUGUCGCAUCAGCUCUAUGGAUUUGGGUCUGAAUUGGAGAAGGGCUCAACUCAUUAUCAUGCACUGAGCGGUGGAAGUGUUGAAUUUGAAGCAAACUUUGAGCAAGUCCCGUGGAUCCGUCAAGAGCCUUACUCUCGUAUUGUGCUUCCCGGGAUGUAUGUACCAAGCUUCCUUUCUUUGAGUGUAAUCGUUGCUCAUCGUCGUAUCCUUAAUAUGUUGCUCGAGGAGCCUUUACACUUGACCAAUAUCCGUGUGGAGUUUCAAGAAUUCAGUUGCGUACCUAACAAGUACCUCCAAUCGACAGAAGUCCGGAGCAAGGUGCUAGUCGACAAGAAGAUAUCCAUGGAGAUCUUCCGAGUUAACUGGUUACUCACAAUACCCGAUACCUUCUAUGAUUGUGUGAUUCCAAAAGUGGGCCCCACGUUUUUCACGGAGGGCUUCAUUAGAACUUACGGGUUGAAAAUCACAGUAGCACUUUCCCACAAAAGUGGUCCCAGCUUCAACGCAUCUGCGUUUGUCGAGAUCAAUGUGGCACAGGAGAAGUAUGAAAAAAUUCAUGAGAAGGACAUAUUCAACCCACGCUAUAUGGGAACUGACGGAAUCGAAACUUGUUAUGGCACGCAUAGCUCGUUGAAGCCUUUCCAAACAUCUGAACCAACUGACAAUAGCUUGUCAUCCUUCAGCCGUCUAAAUGCAGAUGAAGCUACCGGAAAUCCACCGAACCCAGAAGCCACUGGAGGCUUGCUUGAGUUGAUUAGAAAUCAAGCGACGAACCUUCUCUCUCAAUUGACUUUCAUGUCAGACUCGGCGGAAGAGUUGCACUCUCAAUUGGUUACAAGCGACUAUCCUAUUUGGGAUUAUGUGGACUUCCGAAAGAAUCAACUUCUUCAGACGACAGGCAGACUCUCUCGAAACCAAUAUUUUGAGCUUCAACAAUUGUAUGAAAUUGAUGACUCCCUUUGGUCGGGAAAGUUCCUUGGAGGCGACCAUCCUGCCAAGGCGUACUUAUUUCUUCAAGUCGACAAUUCUGAAGGUCUUAAAAAGACUUGGGACUCACUCAAGGAUAUAAUCAAAAGAGAGGAAGAAUUGAUGAUCUUGUGA